CCCGGAGGCCACGCGGCCUCCCGCGGUAGGAGAAACUACAUUUCCCAGAAGUUUUCGUUCGCAGCUGCAGAGCCUAUUCGCUUUGGAAUAGCGGGCGUGGGGACGUUGCGACCGGCGGCUGGACAUGGAUUUCUUGAUCGGAGCCGCAGGUCGCCAGUUGGGUCGCGUCAGGUGGCUCCAGCCCCGCGCCUGGCUGGGGCUCCCCGACGCCUGGGGACUUCCUGCCACACAGCAGAACCGGGGAAAGGCGCGUGGAAACGAGUAUCAGCCGAGCAACAUCAAACGCAAGCACAAACAUGGCUGGAUCCGGCGCCUGAGCACACCGUCCGGCGUCCAGGUCAUCCUUCGCCGCAUGCACAAAGGCCGCAAGUCGCUGAGCCAUUAAGGAGCGCGAAGCUGCCGGCGGGACCCCCAUUAGAGCAUUUCUCUGUCCUGGGACCUCUCCUGCCUUUGUUUUUAUGGGGAGCCAGGACAACUCAGACAUGAGCGCUCCUCAAAUUGUGGAGUCGGCCCCCGGGGGGAACGUCUGGGGUUGGACUGAGAGUGGGAGUAGGAAGUCAGACCUUGCCUAGUCCUUUUCUACGCUAUUGAAUUAGGAAGAAUUUCGAACAUAUGGCAAUAGUCCACAAUGAACCCUGGGUACUCAGUACAUAGCUCUGACCACCAAUUACCCACAACCCCCCUGCCCCCUCCUGUGUUAUUUGGGAGCAAAUCUCAGGCAUUGGGUUAUUUCUUCUGUAUUUAAUAAGAAAUCUCUCCAAGAAGAACAGGACUCUUUAAAACAUAAUCACAAAACUUUUCCCACCUAAAAAAUGGUUAACAAUUCCUUAAUAUUGUCUAAUA